AUGUCACCGAGACCAUCUCCGUGUCCGGCACCCCGUGACGCCCACCGUGGGACUUUCCUUAACCCUCGCGCUCCCUAUACUUUCCUCCUUCAUGGAGCAAUUUCUACCAAGUCCCAAAAUCAUCAACUUGUAGCUAUCGGUCAUAUACCCCACCAACAUCCGUACGCAGGUCUCAAAAUUCAAAGUUGGAACAAAACCCCUGGUGCAUUCUGUUUUACGUUGCAAGACAUCAAUCACAGUUGUCAACCCCGAACUACGCUUAAGAGUUCAGCAACGAGCAUCCCGUGUUUCCGUCUUCUGAAAAGCCUGCUUCUUGCGAUGGAUACUGGGGUUUCCGAUCAUUUUUUGUCGUCCCUGACAGCUGAGGGGAUACGGUGGGGGUACCGACACAGAACCGGUCGACUCUAUGUACCUCUUGCACUCAAAGUGUCAGUUGCACCGGAGGCUGUACAGUCGUGUACUUUAGGUUCCCAACUACCGAAUCAAGGCAUUACUUUGCAAUUGUGGAAAGACAAGGAUACAGUGGCAACUCCGGCUCCUGUCGAAUUGUUGCAAGAAGCAAUAGUUGUGCUGAUUUAUAUAUGGAGUCAGGAUUAAACCGGUUUCCUGCGCAAACGCAAAUGCUGUUCUCAAGGCGGUGAAGAUACGGUUUUUCAUUCAGCUUGGUCUCAUUCCUCUGGCGCUGGCGACAUAGUACGAAUAAUUUGUCAUGAAUGCGGUAGCCAUGGACUUAUCAAUCGUGAGGUGUCAUUAGACGGCGUCGGUCAAUCUGAAACUGUUUGAAAGCCUAAUAAUAAUCCGACAUUUUCCCCGCGCUCACCCGGGCCGGCAGCAUAUCACAACUUGAAUCAUGAUGCAUGAUGCAUGAAGCCUCGCUAUGCUCUUCAUGUGGUGCAUCUACUCGAUCUACUUAGAACGGAGUUGAAUUUGUGGUCACUGCAAUCCCAUACGGCUCGCCAGUCAACUCGAAUCCUAAUUCACGAUAGCUGAAGAGUGGUUUUUUUGUUCUGCUAAACUUAUCGUCGUCAUAAUCUAAGCUAUGCCGGAAUGAAGGCAUUAAAAUGGCAAAUCUUCUACUACUGGCCAUAUUAUUAAUGUAUCAAGAUGGUUCUCGUCGACAACGUCUGUGGGCACGUCGCCAACAAGAUGAUCGCAUACCAGAAUCACUCUGUUUUAUCCUGCAAUCCGCAAGACAUCUUCCUUACCGCUUUACUGAGGUGCAGGUCGUGAUUGGUGACUUUUGUCGUGGUCUGGAGGACAUGGGUAGUUCGGGCUGAAGGUCGAAGAGUCUUUUGGUGUCAGCACUUCUAUUUCUGCUCAACGGCCACUCAACAUGCCACAAACCUGCUGUGCUCUGACCAUCCAGUUACCGUGCUAUUGAUGGACACGAAUGUCUUCGCAAUAGCGUAAACAGUUGAUACGCGAGCAUCCGUAUAACUAUAAGCCCUCACUCCGUUGUGCUCUCAUUGCACCGGGAUACCUCAACGCGCCCCAAGAGCGUAUCUCGAUAUGCCGGAGGAAGAUUGACAGUCGUACAGAAAUCUCUACUCGCUCCGAAGCAAACGUGUACAAUUUCUUGUGGGUGUGAUGAUCAAAAAUUUUCUUGUUCUAGCAAAACUCCGCUUUGACAACUUCAGUUGUUCGCCGUGAUUUCAUCUGUCAAUGAUCGAACUGUUUCGUCCAACCUGUGGUAUCGUGCUUGUUCACCAUGAUCACUGUGGUACCCGAGCGCUGUAUGAUCUUACCCCUUUCAACGAGCAUAGAGAUCUUUAACCUUAGAGGACAAUUGUUCAACUCGACACAGUCUUUGGCAUACAGAACACGUACAUUGUCCCGCGAAUAGCGAGUUUCACGGAUCGUAUAGGCGAUCAGCGCUUCAGCACGCGAUCCCGUCGUUCCAGCCAAGCAGUGCAUCUCUACUGUAUCGCAAUUCACCCGCAUCGUCUCUAUUACUGAGUAUCUAGAGCGCGGCCCAUUUCUGAAAUACGGCUCAACCAGAUGAUGGAGUUCUGUUGACCAUCCGAUGCUGAGCUUCCGUUGCUCUGAGGUGUUAUCGCAAUUCACUGGAAAUUUUGUUGCAGAACGAGUGCGAACCCCUCUUGUUGGUAACGAGUUUCGGUGUCACUAUCGAAAUGGCUUGAAUCACCC